GACUUCAACUCCCAGAAUUCCCGAGCCAGCACUGGCUCAAGAAUUCUGAGAGAUGAAGUCCACAUGUCUUAAAGUUGCCAAGGUUGAAAAAUAUUGCUCUGAGGCCAAUAUUGGAUUAUUUGUUUUUUUUGCACCGUGCAGAAAAGAGGAAGUUUGUUAGAUCUAACAUACUCUGAAACAAUUUGUGGUUUCUUUUCUCCGCCUUGUUAGAGAAAGGAAACUAGUAGUAGGCGGGUUUUUUUUCUUUUCUAUUUCUUUUAUUAUUAUUAUUUUUAAAAAAUCCUCCUGCAGGUUUUUCAGAACUAAGAUGGGCAAGAAAAAACUGCAGUUCCCGUGUCAGCGAUGGAGAUAUUUUCUUUUAAUUUAACAGCUUUGUGGAAUAUACUUCUUAGCAGUGUUUUCAAAACCGCUCUGUUGCCUCCUUUGCAAAAGUGGGUGGGGUGGGUUUUUUUUGCCGAUUUGGCCCUUCCUGAUGCUUUGCAAUCAGAGGAAUGCUUGGCAAGCGGAUGAAUAGUAAGUCCACAUACAGCCCAUAUUCUGCAGAACUACGGAAGAAGGGCUCCAAAACCAGGGGCAACGUUCUAGAUUCGGUCUCCUUGCGAGCUAGUGUCUGGCUUAAGGAGCUUCCACGGCGAGAUUGCCUGGAUGUAUCAACUUCCAGCCUGGUGGAUUUGUCUUCAUCGGCCACCGCAGCUACGUUGAAGCGUCCCACAAGUCUCAGCCGCCAUGCCAGUGCAGCAGGAUUCCCUCUGUCACCUGCUAUUCCCAGAGGUCUCGCCAAAGCUCACAAGCCCCUCAGUUCCUAUAGUCCCAAUGAAAUCAGCGAAGGGAGUCUAGCCGAAGCAGAGGAAAUUUCACAACUGCUCGCUGACGUGGCUUGUUUUGCAGAGCGGCUGGAGAAGCUGAAGGAUGUUGUAUUGCAGGAGGAUGGCCCAGAAUCUCGACGGUCACUCGCCCAUGAAUGUCUUGGAGAAGCCUUAAGAAUUCUUCGGCAAGUCAUUAGCAAGUACCCACUGCUCAACACUUUGGAGACCUUGACUGCAGCCGGGACCCUCAUCUCCAGGGUCAAAGGCUUUCACUAUGAGUCUAACAACGAAGCUGAAAAACGUGAAUUUGAAAAGGCCGUGGAGAUGAUUGCAGUCUCCUUCAGUAGCACUGUCUCUGAAUUCCUCAUGGGAGAGGUGGACAGUAGUACCAUCCUUUCAAUUCCUCUUUCCGAUCUGAAUCAGUCAGUGGAAAAUCUAUAUGGGGGCAUUACAAGUUUGGGAGCAGAAGAUGUGCUGCAUGGUAGGGAAGAUUUCAGUUCAGCACGCCUGUCAGUUGAAGAGGUGAACGUGCUCCUUCAGAAGUGUGAUGGAGGGGUAGACUUUGCCCUCAAAUAUGCCAAGAGCAUCUCCAAGUACAUGAAGGAUCUUAUCUAUUAUAUGGAGAAGAGGACGAUUCUGGAAAUCGAGUUUUCCAAAGGACUUCAGAAGAUCGUGAACACCUGCAAGCAAACCGUCACUCAAGAGCCCUCCAUGCCGUUCCUCUCCAUCUACUCGCUGUCCCUGGAGCAAGACAUGGAAUACAGUCUCAGCUGCCUGCAAGCGGCCACCACUUUGCGAACUGAAACAUAUAUGCAGCCUCUGUCCCUGAGGCGCCUCGAGCAUGAAAAGCGGCGGAAGGAGAUUAAGGAACAGUGGCACCGAGCCCAGAGGAAGCUGCAAGAGGCCGAGAACAACUUGCGCAAGGCCAAGCAGAUGUACAUGCAACGCUCGGAGGAGUGUGAAAAGGCCCGGCACGUGAUGGCCAAAGCAGAAGAGGAUCAGCUAGUGUCUAGCAACAGCUCGGCCACCUUGAAGACCGUGGACAAGAAGAGACGGCUGGAAGAAGAAGCCCGGAACAAGGCCGAAGAAGCCAUGGCAACAUACCGGACCUGCAUCGCAGAUGCCAAUACCCAGAAGCAGGAGUUGGAGGACACCAAAGUGACAGCACUUCGGCAGCUCCAUGAGGUGGUCAAGCAGAGCGACCAGGUCAUAAAGUCGGCUACCAUUUCCUUCUAUCAAAUCAUGCACAUGCAGACGGCCCCACUGCCUGUCUAUUUUCAGACGUUGUGCGAGAGCAGCAAACUCUAUGACCCUGGGCAACAGUAUGCCUCUCAUGUCAAGCGGUUGCAGCGGGAAGACGAACCUGAGACACAGUAUGAUUUUGAGCCCUACGUGUCAACCAACAACUGCUCUCCGGUGACUCGGGCAAGAAAAGGCAGCUACAGUAUUCCUGAAUUCACAGGAACGAGUAGCUCUGACACCUCCAGUAAAGAUGGAGCAGCCUCCGAGGGUGACACAGCUGAAGGUCGAGACCCUCAGAACCGCCCCACCCAGCUUGAAAAACGAGGUGGGCGAGGUCACCAGGCACACAAAUCAUGGCCAACAGCCAUCUCAGAGACCAAGGGCAAUCUGGAAUCCGCUGCCACAAGCCCAGGCGAGUUUCCUCAGAUGCCUUCGAAUGGAUCGCUGUCGCCUAAAGAUGAUCCUGAUGGGAAUUCACCUUCCUUUGAACAGAGUAUUAAUGAAAUGACUCCAGGAAUCUGUACGCCCACUGGCCCUUUCCGGCAUAUCAGCAUGUCCAGAGCUGCCCAAACCCACCGGCUGAGGAAGCUGCGGACACCCUCAAAAUGCCGGGAGUGCAACAGCUACGUUUACUUCCAGGGAGCUGAAUGUGACGAGUGUUACUUAGCCUGCCACAAGAAGUGCCUGGAGACCCUGGCCAUUCAGUGCGGACACAAGAAACUUCAAGGCAAACUGCAGAUCUUCGGGCGGGACUUUGCGCAGGCUUCCCACACCGGCUUGGAUGGCGUCCCCUUCAUUGUCAAGAAGUGCAUCAGCGAGAUCGAAAGGCGGGCCAUGAAAACAAAAGGCAUCUACCGUGUCAAUGGAGUGAAAUCCCGCGUAGAGAAGCUCUGUCAGGCUUUUGAGAACGGGAAGGAGCUGGUUGAGCUGUCUCACGCCUCACCGCAUGACAUCAGCAACGUGCUGAAGCUCUACCUUCGCCAGCUCCCAGAACCAAUCAUGCCUUUCCGGAUGUACAACAGCCUUAUGGGCCUAGCCAAGGAGACCUUGCAGAGUCGGUCCGACAGCAGGGCAGGGAGAAGCACUGGGGAGCCAGUGGACCCAAGCAGCGAGGCAGAGAAAGCCAUGGUAACCAAGCUGAAGGAGCUGCUCAAAGAACUUCCAGCCAAGAACUUGGCCACCUUGAAGUGUAUCACGCAGCAUCUGAAGAGGAUUAUAGAACUUGAAGAUGACAAUAAAAUGUCUUCUAGCAACCUGGGAAUCGUCUUUGGCCCCACAUUAAUGCGUCCUCGACCCACCCAGGCUACCGUCUCCCUCUCUUCCUUGGUGGAUUACCCCCACCAGGCAUGCAUUGUUGAGGCACUCAUAAAUUUUUACACUACUAUCUUUGAAUCCAAUGGCGUAUCAUCUCCAGAAGAAACGAUCAGGGAAGAUGAGGAGCUGGUCAGGAACCAGGAGGAUGAAGGGACACAACCCCACAGUGAAAUCCAGUAUGUUGAAGCAACCUCUGAACAAACAGAAGCCGCUCUUGCUGAAGAUUCAUUCAGAGAACCGGACACUCCCUUUAUCGAUUCGGAUUCUGAUCCAGAGGAUGGCACAGAUGCAGCCAUUGAAGGACUCCCACGGGCCAACUCAGGUCCAGGAGGCAGUGAGACCAGUGGUGAGGAGAGCCCCUCCGGUGAGGAUGCCAGUGAGGAAGGGGUCCUGAGGGAGAGACCCAGCGUGGAACAAUCAGACCCUGAGGAUGCUUCGCCCCUACAUCCCCUAGGCCCAGCAGAAGGUUGCUGGGAGGCAGAAGGAGAUGCCGUCUUCAGGAGCGGAGGUGAUGAUGAGAACAGCGACAGGAAGGUGGAAAGUCGUCUGGUGGACCUCAACACCAACCAGUCUAACAACUCACUUUUCUCCCACUUGCUGAUCAACUAAGAACGUGUUUUCGAUUUCCUGGCGUAAAAGUGAAAACGAUGUCAGUUGAGGGAAGGAGCGAGUCCUUUUAAGUGUAGAGACUGACAGUGAAGAGAUACACGAACCUUCAGUUGCCUUCUCAAAGUCAUCCUCUGAAGGCCUUCUGGUUGAUCAGGCUCCUUAUUUAUAACAGCCUGCUUUUAAUUCUUUGUAAUAGCAAAAUGGCAUCCGUGGGAGGGAGUCCCCAGAUGCAGGGAGGAGACAUUGGAAAGACUCUGCAACUUCCAAACUUUCUUAAGACACUUUUUUCUAACCUAAUGCCAAAAUUCUGAAAUUUGGGGUCUCAGCUCCCAUCUCGCUUCCUGCAGAGUCCUAUCCAAACAGGGGGGGGGGGGGCAGCAGUUUGUGGAAUGCUCUUUCAAAAGAAGAGCCACAUUUACUUUGCAUUCCCUUCCAUCCUUGAGGUUGCAUCCCUUCCAGGAAACAAUACACCCAUUGUGAUCCUAGAUCUUCAGAUAUGUUUAUUUAAACAUUAGCAGAUUACAUUUGUUUCUAAGUAAAAACCACUUCAGGAUUUUAUUUUUAAAAUCAGGGUACAGACAAAAUGCUGGAUGAGCUUGGCUGGAUGACGGAUUACUUGAAGGCCAAAUCCACUUGUGCAAAUCCUACUGAGGUCUCAGGACCAGGGUUGGGUUGUAGAUGUGGAAUGAUCCUAUUAGGGAAUGAGGGGCGGGGUGGGGACAUAUGCUUAUUGCACACCUGUGUGAAAAGUGCCAGUAGAGCCAGCUGAAUGGGCUUUAUGUGAGACCUUGCUUACCCAUCACCUCAUUUAGCACUCAAAGUUACGGUGGAAAAAAAUAACUUUAUGACCAGUCCUCACAUUUUCAACCUGAGAAACGUCCCCACACUCGUGUCAUUCAGGUACCUGGUAACUGGGGGGGAUGUUGGCUAAAUUGUGUGCUUCGAACUGGCUUGUGACAAGCAGUCAAUGAGAAGAAGGCAAGUAAAUUCAGAAGCCACAAUCACAUGAGAUUUUAAUUUAUGACUGCAAUGAUUUGCUUAACGGCCAUAGUGGAAGCCAGUCCAUCACGAUCACGUUUUAUUUAGUGACCAGGUGUUUGGCGACAGAGUGGCUGGCCCCAGUUGUGAUAAUUAAGCAAAGGCUACCUGUACUCUCAAGUGGGAUCUGCUGGAGAAAUCCAUCAGUUUAGUGCACCAGUAUUCAGAUUCUGAGAAGCCAUUUGAGAUCUGUAGCAGAAAUGGAAGGUAUUUGUGAGGUAAAUAUGCUUAAGCCACCUAUACAGCUAUAGCCACCUAUACAGAACCACUGUGGAUGAUUUGAGGGCAUUUCACAAUAAAGGCCUGGUAGAACUGUUAAAUCACCUUUAAAAGUCUGUUGUAAAUAACUGAAUUAUAGCAUUCAUCUAAAACAGUGUUUCCCAGUCUUGGCUAUUGUAAGACCUGUAGACUUCAACUCCCAGAAUUCCCUAGCCAGUAUUGUGGUGUGAUUCUGGUUGCUUGUCAAUGCUGGUUGGGGAAUUCUGGAAGUUGAAGUCCACAGGUCUUAAAAUGCUUAGGAAGAAACCCUGGAAGACUUUUGGGUAUUUUCUUGAGGUGUGGAUGAGAAAAAUGAGUGAAUAAAGUUCAAGUGCAAGUCUUCAACCACAGCUUGUAUUUAUAUAUAGGUAUGAGUGAGUAAGCCUAUUUUAAUGUUUGUUUCCUUUUAAACUGCUCUAUACACUUUUGUUUUUAUAAGACUUGUAUCAAAAAAUAAACUGUAUUUGGGAAAGUGA